AUGCUCAUUAAAGUCAAGACUCUUACUGGGAAAGAAAUUGAAAUUGAUAUAGAACCAUCUGAUAAAAUUACACGGAUCAAGGAACGUGUUGAAGAGAAAGAAGGAAUACCACCCGCGCAACAACGUUUGAUUUUUGGUGGAAAACAAAUGUCCGAUGAAAAGACGGCCAGCGAGUAUAGCAUAGAAGGCGGUUCCGUUCUACAUUUGUCUACUCCCACAUUAUUACGAACUUUCCAUGCUUCUAAGCCUAUUGCAAGAAUAGUUGCGACUGAACCUUUGCGUGCUAAAGAAGCACCACCACAUAUAAACAGCAAAUAUACUGUCAUAGAUCAUACAUAUGAUGCCAUAGUAGUGGGUGCUGGUGGCGCUGGUCUUCGAGCAGCAUUUGGUCUCGCAGAAGCAGGAUUCAAUACUGCAUGUAUUACAAAACUUUUUCCUACUAGAUCACACACAGUAGCAGCACAAGGUGGUAUCAAUGCUGCUCUUGGAAAUAUGACUGAAGAUGAUUGGCGAUGGCAUAUGUAUGACACAGUAAAAGGUAGCGAUUGGCUUGGUGAUCAAGAUGCCAUUCAUUAUAUGUGUCGUGAAGCUCCUCGCACGGUGAUAGAGCUUGAACAUUAUGGUGUGCCUUUUUCAAGAACUGAAGAGGGUAAAAUUUAUCAGAGAGCUUUUGGUGGUCAAAGUCUAAACUUUGGUCAGGGUGGCCAAGCUUACCGAUGUGCCGCUGUUGCUGAUCGUACUGGACACGCUCUUCUUCACACACUUUAUGGACAAUCUCUUAAGCAUAAUACAAAUUUCUUUAUUGAAUAUUUCGCGUUGGAUCUCUUGAUGGAAGAUGGCGUGUGUCGCGGAGUGAUUGCCUUAAGUCAGGAAGAUGGUACCUUGCAUCGUUUCCGAGCACAUAAAACUGUAUUAGCUACAGGAGGAUACGGACGCGCUUAUUUCUCUUGCACAAGUGCACAUACGUGUACCGGCGAUGGCAAUGCGAUGGUUGCUCGUGCCGGUCUUCCUCUUCAAGAUAUGGAAUUUGUUCAAUUUCAUCCCACUGGAAUCUACGGCGCUGGAUGUCUGAUCACUGAAGGUGCUCGUGGCGAGGGUGGCUAUUUAUUAAACUCUAAGGGCGAACGUUUCAUGGAACGUUACGCGCCUACUGCAAAAGAUUUGGCUUCGCGUGAUGUAGUUUCACGCUCUAUGACGAUGGAGAUUCGUGAAGGUCGUGGUGUUG